AUGUCCAUUUCGCGAUCACCCUCUCCCCACCCCGUGGGAGCAGGGUGGUCUAGUCCCGGACUGACCCCGGGCAGUGGCGCGUCAACACCACGCAGCGGAUAUUUGUCGCCCAACUCCCUCGGACCGGGGGGAAUCUCCUGGGCCGCCGCCAAAGCCAAAAGCGACGAAGUCCGCGGCUAUCCCUCGUUUUCCACCCGCAACAACGGCUUCUUCUCGCGCUCGCGCCGCCAGCUGUCCGCCACCUUACCGCGCUUCCGUCUCGGCUCCGGGGCUAACGGCGCCCCGAACGGUUACUACACGGAGAAGGAACAUGCGGGAUAUGGCCGGGGGCGGGGGUUCGGGUCCGGACGGGGCUGGCGCUUGUUCGGGUUCGGGCGUAUGUUCCGACGGAAGCGAUCGCGGUUCCUGGCGCUGUUGAUGCUGCUAGGCGUGGUGUAUCUGUUCUUUUGGAACGCGGUUACGGAGCGGUUUCGCCGGUCGUCGUUUGGAGGGGGUCGCAAGUUCGUGAUCAUUCUUGAGUCCAACGUGGAGGGCGGGGUCAUGGAGUGGAAAGGUGCCCGCGAGUGGGCCAUUGAGCGCAACAGCAUCUGGAAUAAACAGGAGUAUACCAAACGGUGGGGUUAUGAUCUGGAGCUCGUGAACAUGCUAGCCCAGAAACGAUAUUCGCAUGAGUGGCGCGAGAGCUGGGAGAAAGUCGAUCUGAUUCGCGACACUAUGCGCAAGUACCCCGAAGCGGAGUGGUUCUGGUGGCUCGAUCUGAAUACGUGGAUCAUGGAGCAGUCGUAUUCGCUGCAGGAUCACAUCUUCAACCGCCUGCAGGAUAUCACCUACCGGGAUAUCAACUUCUACAACCCGCUGAAUAUCACGCAUCCGUUCACGGACGCAUAUCUGGACGACGUCUCGCGCUCGGCCGCCGGCGACGAGCACCCGUCGUCGAUCCAGUUCAUCCUGUCGCAAGACUGCGGUGGGUUCAACCUCGGCUCGUUCUUCAUCCGUCGCUCGCUCUGGUCGGAGCGCCUGCUCGACGCGUGGUGGGACCCAGUCAUGUACGAGCAGAAACACAUGGAGUGGGAGCACAAGGAGCAGGAUGCGCUGGAGUAUCUGUACUCAACGCAGCCGUGGAUCCGCAGCAGCGUGGCUUUUGUCCCGCAGCGCUACAUCAACUCGUUCCCGCCGGGGGCGUGCGGCGACGGCGACAACCCGGACGUCCACUACCAGGAAGACGGGCAUGACUUUAUGGUCAACAUGGCGGGGUGCCAGUUCGGUCGCGACUGUUGGUCCGAGAUGGUACAAUACCGCGAGCGCAGCAGAUGGCUCAACCGGUCGGUCUGGGAGCGCAUGCGCUCCAACCUGAGCGGGUGGUAUCACUGGCUCUUUGGUGGGAAGGACCAACCACAGCAGUGA